CCCCCGCUGCGGUCUUGCGCGCUUUUUUUUCCCCCCUCCCUGCCCCCUCUCGAGUCCUCUUCGGGCCUGCCCCUGAUCGCCUGGGCUCGCCGCGCCGUCGCCUGCCGCUGUCGUCGGGAGGAAAGAUGAAUGGGAGGGCUGAUUUUCAAGAGCCGAAUGCAGAAGUUCCAAGACCAAUUCCUUACAUAGGGGCUGAUUACAUUCCAACAGAGGAAGAAAGAAGAGUCUUCGCAGAAUGCAAUGAUGAAAGCUUUUGGUUCAGAUCUGUGCCUUUGGCUGCAACAAGUAUGUUGAUUACUCAAGGGUUAAUUAGUAAAGGUAAAUAUUUUAACUUUGAAUUGCAUUAUUCCCGAAAGUCAAAAUAUGACUCAAAUGUGAGUGAUCAAUCCUCUUUUGUGACAUCCCCAGCAGCAGACAACAUAGAAAGAGAAAUGCCACCUCAUUAUGAGCCAAUUCCAUUCAGUGCUUCUAUGAAUGAAUCUGCUCCCACUGGUAUUACUGAUCAUAUUGCCCAAGGUAGAAACUUCUCUUGAAAUGAAUUUCAGCAUUUUAUGGUCCAGAGUAUGUAUAAACUUUAUUUGAUGACCUUUUCUGCUGGAUAUCACCUGUAUGUUCCACCAUCAGCUGUCAGCCUAGACUCGUCCAUCAGCCUAAACUGAGCAUGUUUGUUCAUUUUGUUCAUUUGUUUCUUCCUUCAUUCAUUCAACUUUUCUUGAGGACAAGUAGGUGUCAGGCACUCUUGCUAAGUAUGGAAGACAUAAAGAUAAAUUAGACUUGGUUUUUGUCCCUGAAAAACUCUCAGUCUGUUAGCAGACACAGAAAUAUAAGGAUAAAUUACUAAUAUGUCCCAGUAAUUGAAAAUACUCACACAGGUGGAAUUAGUGAAGAAGAAAUGAUAAAUUAUGUCUCAGGGAGUAGAGCUUCAAGAUGGCUUUUUUACAGUGGUUACAUUUGAUAGGCUGGUUUUAAAGGCUUUUCAGCUUCCUUGUCUGUAAUGUGAGAAAUAAUACUUACCUGCCUUACAGUGAGAAAAUUCCUGUGAUAAUGCUUUGUGAAAUUUGUGUAAAUACUAACUUUGAAGAUCAUACAUGUAAGUGAAACAACAUCAAUUUUGGAUUAAGUCCUGGAUUUGAAUCAUGAUUGGCAUUUGCUAACUAUGGGACCGUGGGCAAGUAACUGUACUUUGUAAUCUUUUUAGUUUCUUGAUCUCUUCAAUGGAAAUGAUAAUCUCUGUCUUAAAGAACUGUUGGAAUUAGAUGAAAUCAUCAGCGGCAAAACCCAGCAAGUAAUAGACUUUUUUAACAAACAUUUGUCUCUUUCCUUCUUCAGUCUAGUUUGCAGUGAAAGUUGAGGAAUUAGAAAUAGGAAGUACAAGUCUACAAUUCCUUAUCAACUCCUAAAAUCUAGAAAGCUUUGAAAACCAAAAGUUUUGUUCUGUUUUUAAUAAUUAAUUAAACUAGUGAUAAAAUCUGACCUGAACUUGUUUGGCAGCAAACCCUGACCUAAACUGACAUAAGUUAUAUAAAUAUAGUCUUUAUU